AUGUCCGGUUACCGUCAAAUACAGAAUGUAUCCUCCUUGAUCUCCACUGUCGAAUCGUUGGAUGGAACUGCAUCGGUCUUUCCUCGAUGGCGUUCUCGUCUUGAAGACGUCCUUGGAAUGCAAAACACACUGGACAUCGUCAAAGGAACCCUACCUCGUCCAAAAGAGGACUCAAAGGACGUUAACACCUCCUCUUCUCGCCCCGUCGAUUCAAAAGGUUACAACCCAAAAGAGAUCAAAGAAGACUGGGAUGCCCUUUCAGAAAUGGCCUGCUCGACUAUCCGGCUCACCUUGACUGAUCCGCUGGCGCAACGAUACCGCAAAGUCAAGCCCGCCUCUCGUCUAUUCAGUACCAUUGUGAACGCCUACGAGAAGAAUACAAGGGCUCGUCGCAUCCGACUACAGGAGUCGUUCUGGACAGCGCGCCAUGACCCUAACAAACCGAUUGCUCUCUGGAUUGGUUGUCUUCGAGUGGCGGCUGAUGAACUCCUCUCGAUCGGAGAACUUCCAACCGAUCGACAAAUCGCCGACCGUCUAUUCGGAGGAUUAGACUCCUCCUGGUCUGCUGUGCGGGAUUCGAUCAUGUACACUGCCAUUGAGAUGUCGUUGGACGACACAAUUUGA